CAAGACGCCGCCUUUCCCUUCUCUCGCAGUGUGUUUGGUGCUGAAGGCUGCUGACAUACACAGAAGUCGCGCGCGAGAACAGCUGUCUGUCGUUCCAUAGAUGCCGAAGGUGAGCAACCGAACCGUCAGCCACACACACACACACACACACGGAGGAUGCGCAGGUCACUGUCUGUCUGUCUGUGUGUCUUGGCACUUAAUUACAGGUCCGCACUUUGAAUAGCAAGAAGGCUCCCGAGGGGUGGGAGUUGGUGGAGCCGUUCUUCGAGGAGAUUAACCGCAAGAUGCGCGAGGCCGAGAACGAGCCGCACGAGGGCAAGCGGAAGGCCGAGUCCCUCUGGCCCAUCAUGAAGCUGCACCACCAGCGGUCGCGGUACCUCUACGACCUCUACUACAAGCGGAAGGAGAUCAGCAGGGAUCUCUACGAGUACUGCCUCAUCGAGGGGUACGGCGACGCCAACCUUAUCGCCAAGUGGAAGAAGCCGGGCUACGAGAAGCUCUGCUGCCUCAGGUGCAUCCAGACCACCGGACAGAACUUUGGGACGACCUGCAUCUGCAGAGUGCCCAGGAGCGCACUCGAAGAGGGCAAGGUAAGGGAGCUCAGCUCACGGAGGAGAGCGUGUGGGGUGGGAUAACGCCUGACGUCGUGUGAUGUCCUGUGUGUUGUGUCAGGUUGUGGAAUGCCAGCACUGCGGCUGCCGCGGGUGCGCGAGUGGAGACUAGGUGGUAGGUACCCGGGUGGUCUAGUGUGCCGUGCCGUCUUCCUCUCCUCUCCGCUCCGCUCCUGGCUGGUGUAGAUGACCCCCUCUCUCUGUCGUGUCCUUUCCUUCCCUUUUGCGCGUGGUGCCCUCUCUCCUCCGGCCCGGCCUUCCCCUAAUGAUAUGGACAUAUCAUAUUGUGCAGCUCUGUCCAUCGACUGCC